AAAAAGAAGAACAGUACAAUCUAGUGAGAGAAAAAUAAAUAAAAGAUUAUACUUUUCUAGAGAGAGAAAGUUUGAGAGUUUCAAUUUUUGUUUUUUGGCUUUCAUUACUGUAAACCCUCCUCUUCACCUUCUUCAAGUCCCAUUCUUGCGUACUACUGAGAAAAAAAAAAGGAUAAAAAAGAAGAGAAAACCCAUCUGGGUUGGGUUUUCUCCACCAUAUCUCCUUUUUGAUACAUAUAGUUUUUCUCUUUUAAAAGUUUUAUAAAAGAAAGAAAACAUUUUAAGGUGUGGGGUAUAUGGGUUUUUGGAUUUAAGCUUACCACUUGAGUUUGCUUCCUCACAACAUAUAGUUAAAAGAUAAAAAGAGAGUUUCAGAGAGAGAAAGUUGUAGAGUAACAAUGGCAGGCGGCGCUGCACCGAAAGCAGAUGAGCCUCAACCACAUCCUCCUAAGGAUCAGCUACCUAAUAUCUCUUACUGCAUUACCAGUCCUCCUCCAUGGCCCGAGGCCAUUCUCCUUGGUUUUCAGCAUUAUCUUGUGAUGCUUGGCACUACGGUUCUCAUUCCCACUGCUCUUGUUCCCCAGAUGGGUGGUGGAAAUGAGGAGAAGGCUAAGGUUAUCCAGACCCUGCUCUUUGUUGCUGGUUUAAAUACAUUGCUACAAUCAUUGUUUGGAACUCGAUUACCUGCUGUCAUAGGAGGGUCAUAUACGUUUGUUCCCACCACAAUUUCAAUUAUCCUUGCCGGUCGUUUCAGUGAUUCCACUGAUCCUGAAGAGAAAUUUAAGAGGACAAUGCGGGCAAUUCAGGGUUCUCUUAUUGUCGCUUCAACUCUUCAGAUUGUCUUAGGCUUCAGUGGCCUUUGGCGCAAUGUUACAAGAUUCUUAAGUCCACUUUCAGCUGUUCCUUUGGUAGCUCUAGCUGGUUUUGGUCUCUACGAGUUGGGUUUUCCUGGGGUGGCUAAAUGUGUAGAGAUUGGACUUCCACAGCUUGUUCUUUUAGUGUUCGUUUCACAGUAUUUACCGCACCUCUUCCACUCAGGAAAACACAUCUUUGACCGUUUUGCUGUCCUAUUUACAGUGGUGAUUGUGUGGAUUUACGCUCACCUUCUCACUGUGGGCGGGGCAUAUAAUGAUAGUGCCCCAAAAACACAAAUGAGCUGCCGUACAGAUCGUGCGGGUCUUAUUAGUGGUGCUCCAUGGAUAAGAGUUCCUUAUCCAUUUCAAUGGGGAGCACCUGCUUUCGAUGCAGGUGAGGCCUUUGCCAUGAUGAUGGCUACUUUCGUUGCUCUUGUAGAGUCAACUGGUGCUUUUAUUGCGGUUGCAAGGUACGCAAGUGCAACUCCAUUGCCAGCUUCUAUACUCAGCCGUGGAGUUGGUUGGCAGGGAGUUGGCAUUCUGAUUUCUGGAUUGUUUGGAACUGUGACUGGAUCCUCGGUAUCUAUUGAGAAUGCUGGCCUUUUGGCAUUGACACGUGUUGGCAGUCGAAGGGUGGUGCAAAUAUCAGCUGGAUUCAUGAUAUUUUUCUCUAUUCUUGGGAAAUUUGGAGCAGUCUUUGCUUCAAUCCCAGCACCCAUUAUAGCCGCCUUAUACUGCCUUUUCUUUGCAUAUGUUGGCGCCGGUGGUCUUAGCUUUCUUCAGUUCUGUAACCUCAAUAGCUUCAGAACAAAGUUCAUUCUAGGCUUCUCUCUCUUCAUGGGUUUGUCUGUUCCACAGUAUUUCAAUGAGUACACUGCCAUCAAUGGCUAUGGUCCAGUUCACACCGGUGGAAGAUGGUUCAACGAUAUCAUCAAUGUCCCUCUACAAUCAGAAGCCUUUGUGGCAGGCUGUGUAGCGUACUUCCUGGACAAUACAUUGCAUAAAAAGGAUAGCGCAAUUAGGAAAGACCGAGGUAAACAUUGGUGGGACAAGUUUAGAUCCUUCAAGGGUGAUACCAGGAGUGAGGAGUUCUAUUCUCUUCCAUUCAAUCUAAACAAAUACUUCCCAUCUGUGUGAGUGAGUUUGGUUAAGUUAAGGUAAAAGGGGUAUUUAUUAAAUACUAAUCCAUCUUCAAGUUCUCACUUAGCCUCUUUCUGGUAUAACGCUAUAAAAAACCAUUGUUCACUCUGUUACUUGUGUAUCGUUUACACACGCUUAAAUCAGUAUAAGAUAGUCUCUCUCUUUUAUCCUUUGUACGAUGCUUUAGUACAUUUAUUCCAUUAUAUUCCUUUCUGUAAAUCCAACUGAGGGAAGUGAAUCUUAAAGUAGCAAUGAAGAAGUUUGUUUGUUCUUCUCUC